UUUAGGUUUUAGUUUAUUAAAUUUUUGUCUUUCUUUAUUUGUUCUCUUGCAAACUAAUAACAAUGACAUCUGAAUUCAUCUCAAAGAAGAAGUCAUGUCCAUUUUUAAGUAUAAUCAUUUUCUCAGUUAUAAUCCUUAUAUUAGGAGCAAUUUUACUUUACCGAUUAGACUGGUUCGACUCGCCUCCCUCGCCCAACGACGAGCUGACUCACCCUUUUCCUACGGCCAUGAUGAAGGACGAUCAAAUCCUGAAAGGAUCAUAUUUGUUGGGUCUGGGAAAUUUGGCUGGACCUGAAGAUAUUGUGUAUGAUAGCAAGUCUAAGAUAAUUUAUACGGGCUGUUCUGAUGGGUGGAUCAAGCGAGUGACAGUAACUGAGUCUGUAGGUGACACGGUUGUGGAAAACUGGGUUAACACUACAGGUAGACCGCUUGGACUCGCCUUAGGACUCGGAGGUGAAGUUAUUGUAGCUGAUGCAUAUAAGGGGCUAUUGAAGAUAAGUAGAGAUGGUGCAAUUACAGUGCUAACUCACGAGGCAGAAGGCCUAAAAUUCAAGCUGACAGACGGUGUAGAUAUAGCAAAAAAUGGGAAAAUAUAUUUUACAGAUGCUUCAUAUAAAUAUAACCUCACUCAAUUUCUGGUUGAUCUUCUGGAACAGAAGCCCCACGGUCGCUUACUCUGCUACGAUCCUUCAACUAAAACAACUCGAGUUCUGCUCCGUGAUCUCUACUUCGCUAACGGGAUUGCUCUUUCUCCUGAUCAAGAUUAUCUUGUUUUCUGCGAAACCCCAAAGAAAAGAUGUGGAAAAUAUUACAUAGAAGGGAAAAAGAAAGGCAGCAUAGAACACUUUUUUAGGCUGCCUGGAUAUCCUGACAACAUACAUUACAAUGGACGUGGCCACUUCUGGGUUGCAGCAGCCAUGGAAAUUGGUGAUCAGAAGUACAUAGGAGGAAUGGAUUCAGACAUGGGAGGGGUUUUUGUGGUGAAUUUGGAAGGGAAGUUAAUAAAUCAUUACCAUGAUGCAAGUUUAAUGCUGAUCUCAAGCGCAGUCAAGAUCAAUAAUUAUCUUUACUGUGGCUCCAUAGUCUAUCCAUACAUUAUACGUCUUGAUCUUGCUCAAAAUCCAGCAUAUUCCUCAGCGUAAGCUAUACAAUUGCACUACUUAAUUGAAUGAUAAGUUGAUAUAUUAUUUUAAAAUCGGCUAAUUUAGUCCA